CUCAUAGAGAACAGAUCGGACAAACACGGUUCGUUUUGGAAAAAUGGAAUUUCAGUACAGUGGUAAGACCUUCCAGGUGUAUGUUGCAGUACAGCAGGACCCGGCAUUCAUCCAAUUCUCCGAUUUAUUUUAUCUAGCGAGGUGCAACACAAGCGAAGUCGAUCCAGGAUUCGUAUCACUGAAUUCUUUGGACAUCACCAACAACAAAGAGUUCACAUUAGCAACACCUCCAACCAGUAAUGUGAUAAUGAAGCUUAUCGACGCCGACACUGGUCUUGAGACUACGGCACCCAUACUUGGAAAGAAAGUGAAAAUCCGGUCAAUAUAUAACUUUGAUUCGAACGCCUUGGCCGUAGAAUAUCCAAGAGGUCUGCACAACUUUGACCUUACUGUAGGACCAGAUAGUGGAACAUCUCCUCGGAUGCAACUUGUAAAUGAAGCUGGAUGUCUUCCUGCACAGAGCAACAUUUUCGGACUUGAUGCCACGUUUACCCACAAGCCAGCCUUAAGUGGAGCAAGCAAAAACGUGUUCGAAACAGGCAGCUUUGCAGUUGUAAUGUUCCAAACGUCCAAACAGCUCCACUUCACUGCGCGCUACUCGCCUGAAUGCUAUGAUGUGAACGAAAAAUUAUGUUUCAAUCAGCCGGAAUAUUGUACAGACAUUCGAAAAAGAAGGGCAAUUGACAGAGAAGUGAAUGGAUCAUAUUCGAUGACAUUCACCAUUGGUUUGCCAGGACAAUCAACAACUGCACAGAAGAAUGGAUCAUUCUUACAUACAACAGGACGAUAGACUGAGUAAGAGAAGUGAGAGGAUGCCAACCAUGUUCGUCUUAGACCACAUGUACGUGAAAUGAUGUGAUACACAGUCAUUCAAACCAGCACACACUCCAC